AUGGAAGAAAAACUUGAGAGUGUUGAGGAUGCAGAGAGUGCUUCAAUGGAUUCUCUCAUUGAUGAUUCUGGUGACGAUGAAACAUCAACAUCUGGCCACGAUGAUGAUUUGCAUCUUGAGACACCUUUGAUUGAAGAAGAAAUAGAAGAGCUAAUUGCUGAGCUCUUGCAAGUUGAGAGUAAGGCUGCAGAGGCCCAAGAAUCCCUCGAAGAUGAGUCACUAACGAAAGUAGAGGCUGACGUUAGGGAAGAGUUGUCACAAUCAUUACAUGGGGAUGAACUGGAGAAGGCCAUUGCGGAUGAAAUGGAAACUUUCAAGGAGGAGUGGGAAGCUGUGCUUGAUGAGCUUGAAACAGAGAGUGGUCACUUGUUGGUCUGA